AGGCAGGGUGCAGGCAGGGUGUGGUGCUGCCUGUGCCUGCCCCCCCCCCCCGCAGCCCUGGGUCAAGCUUCAAGCCGGGGAGGGGGACCCUGCCCUCGCCCCACGGCGCUGCACCCCACACGGCGUGGGGCUGGGUUUGGGGCAGAGCGGGCAGGGCAGUGCAGGCAGCUGCCUGCACCCGGUUAUAUUUAGGGAGCCGGCAGGCAGCUGCUCGCGAAGGUCAGCGUGCGGCGGUGACGCCCCGGGGUGCUCCCCCCCACCCUGCCCCACAGCUUCCCCUCCCCACGCCCCCCACGGACACAGGCUCCCGACCGGACGGGCCAUGGCGGCGGCGGCGGGACCGGGACCGGGUCCGGGAGCGGCAGGAUCGGGCCCGGUGGGGGGCCGUGGGCCGGUGCUGACCCCCGGUACCAUGAACCCGGCGGUGCGGCGGGUGGAAUACGCGGUGCGGGGCCCCAUCGUCACCCGCGCCCUGCAGCUGGAGCAGGACCUGCGGCAGGGUGUCCCCAAGCCCUUCACCGAGGUGAUCAAGGCGAACAUCGGGGACGCGCAGGCCAUGGGGCAGAGGCCCAUCACCUUCCUCCGCCAGGUGACGGCCCUGUGCCUGUACCCUGAGCUGCUGACCGACCCCUCCAUCCCCGCCGACGCCAAGGAUCGGGCCCGCCGGUUGCUGGCGGCCUGCGGCGGGCAGAGCGCCGGUGCGUACAGCGCCAGCCCCGGCAUCGAGCUGGUGCGGCAGGAUGUGGCCCGCUUCAUCCAGCGCCGCGACGGCGUCCCGGCCAGCCCCCAGAACAUCUUCUUGGCCACCGGGGCCAGUGACGCCAUCGUGAGCAUCCUGAAGCUGCUGGUGUCGGGCUCGGGGGGGUCGCGCACGGGGGUGCUGAUCCCCAUCCCGCAGUACCCCCUCUACUCGGCGGCCGUGGCCGAGCUCAGCGCCGUGCAGCUCAACUACUACCUGGCGGAGGAGCGGUGCUGGGCGCUGGACCCGGCCGAGCUGCGGCGGGCGCUGGCCGAGGGGCGACGGCACUGCUGCCCCCGCGUCCUCUGCAUCAUCAACCCCGGCAACCCCACCGGACAGGUACAGAGCCGGCAGUGCAUCGAGGACGUCAUCAAGUUCGCCUUCGAGGAGAAACUCUUCCUCAUGGCCGAUGAGGUGUACCAGGACAACAUCUACGCCGAGGGCUCGGCUUUCCACUCCUUCAAGAAGGUGCUGUUCGAGAUGGGGCCACCCUACUCGGAGGUGGUGGAGCUGGCCUCCUUCCACUCCAUCUCCAAGGGCUUCAUGGGCGAGUGUGGGUUCCGCAGCGGCUACGUGGAGGUGGUGAACAUGGACCCCGAGGUGCAGCAGCAGUUGGCCAAGUUGGUGUCGGUGCGGCUGUGCCCACCCGUGCCGGGGCAGAUCCUCCUGGAUGCAGUCGUUAACCCACCACAACCUGGGGACCCUUCAUAUGAGCUCUUCAUCACUGAGAAGCAGGCAGUGCUCAGCGCCCUGGCGCACAAGGCCCGGCUCACCCAGGAGAUCUUCAACCAGACUCCCGGCAUCCACUGCAACCCCGUGCAGGGCGCCAUGUACUCCUUCCCCCGCAUCGAGCUGCCGCCCCACGCCCUGGCCGCCGCUGAGGCGCAGGGCCAGGCCCCCGACAUGUUCUUCUGCAUGAAGCUCCUGGAGGAGACGGGCAUCUGCGUGGUGCCGGGCAGCGGGUUCGGGCAGCGGGAAGGCACCUUCCACUUCCGGAUGACCAUCCUGCCCCCCACCGAGAAGCUGCAGGUCCUACUGGAGAAGCUCAGCAGCUUCUACACCAAGUUCGUCAAGGAGUACUCCUAACGCCGGCGUGUCCCCCCCACCCUCCCAGCACCCCCCAGACACCCCCCACCCCACACUCCUCGCCGGGCCCCGGUUGCCGCGGGCCGGGCCCCUGCCCUGGGUGGUCUCGGUGGUCUCCAAGUGCCUUCAACCUCUUUGUGUCCCCCGUGUCCCGGGGCUGGUUCCCCCCCCCCCGCCACUGUCACCAUGUCCCCUGGGGGGGGGAUGGCACCGGGCCGGCGGGCAGGGCCGGCUCUCCCCUUGGAACCCCGCUAAUAAAAGGGUAGAGACCAGC